AUGUCGACUGGUGUGCUGCAAUUUGUCAAGGGCAUCGAUUUCUCUGGAAAUGAUUUUUCGGGAGAUCGAUUUCCGCACGAUGUAGAACAAAUGACACAAAUGACAUGGCUGAAAUUGAACGAUUCCAAGCUGGAACAGAAGCUUAACAAUUUGUUUUUUCAGGUUCCCGAUGAAUUAUCCCGUUGUGCAAAUCUUGAACAUCUCCAAAUGGCCCAUAACCAACUAACAUCUGUACAUGGAGAACUCUCAGAUUUGCCACCUAAAAACCGCCGGAUUCCGACCGAUAUUUUCCGAAUGAAAGAUCUAACAAUUAUUGAUUUAUCUCGAAACCAACUAAGAGAAGUUCCUACAAAUUUGGAAUAUGCAAAAGGAUCGAUAGUCUUAAAUCUGAGUUAUAACAACAUUGAAACAAUUCCAAACAGUGUCUGUGCGAAUUUGAUCGAUUUGCUGUUUUUGGAUCUGUCGAAUAACAAAUUGGACAUGUUACCACCACAAAUUCGAAGAUUGAGCAUGUUACAAAGUCUCAAUUUAUCGAAUAAUCCGUUAAAUCAUUUUCAAUUGAAACAGUUGCCAAGCAUGACAUCCCUAAGUGUUCUUCAUAUGAGCAAUACGAACAGAACAUUGGAUAAUAUACCACCAACAUUGGAUGAUAUGCACAAUUUGAGAGUAAGCUUCGAAAAAAAAGUAACAAUAUUAUCUUUAAUUUUUCUAUUUUUUCAGGACGUCGACUUCUCGGAAAACGCGCUUCCUCAAGUACCCGAGGCCUUGUUCAAACUUCGAUCUCUCCGAAAACUGAAUCUUUCUGGGAAUCGAAUCGAGAAGUUGAAUAUCACAGAAGGAGAAUGGGAGAAUUUAGAAACUCUCAAUAUGAGUCAUAAUCAGUUGACAGCUUUACCAGAUUGUCUGGUGAAAUUGACACGAUUAUCAAGAUUAUAUGCAUCAAAUAACGAAUUAACAUUCGAAGGAAUACCAUCUGGAAUUGGAAAAUUGAUUCAAUUAACUGUUUUACAUCUAUCAUACAAUCGAUUGGAAUUGGUUCCGGAAGGCAUUUCAAGAUGUGUCAAAUUACAAAAACUCAAAUUGGAUCAUAAUCGACUGAUUACGUUGCCAGAGGGUAUUCAUUUGCUACCCGAUUUGAAAACGUUGGAUUUACAUGAAAACGAAAAUCUAGUGAUGCCACCGAAACCAAACGAUGCUCGGAAGAAGUUGGCGUUCUACAAUAUAGAUUUUUCAUUGGAACAUCAGCGCAAAAUUGCGGGUCAAAUGACAAGUCCAUCAUCGUCUAUCUCAUCUGUUCAUUCGGGUGGAGCACGUCAAGAUGCGUUGGCACGGAGAAAGGAGUUCAUACGGCGACGAAAGCAACAAGCAGAUCAGCAGAGUGCCGACAAAGUUAUACAGGGAAUGUCAAAAAUCGCUGGCGUCGGAGCGGCACUAACCGAGAAGCAACAAGAAGAGGAGGAACGUCAAAUCGAAGCGAAAAGUGCUGUGAACUGGAAAAAGAACAUUGAGAAACAUCGACGACACAUUGACUACUCGGAUAUCUUUGAUGAAGACGUUGGCUCAGAAGAGGGCAUGUGGGUAUGGGAAAUUGAGAAUUUCUAUCCAUCAAUUAUGGAUGAAGCAUUCCAUGGACAGUUUUAUGACGCAGACGCCUAUCUGGUUUUAAAGACAACUCGAGAGAUUUCCGGUCAAUUGAGACAUGCAAUUUUCUAUUGGCUCGGUGAACACGCCUCACUUGAUAAAGGAAUGUGUUCUGCGGUACAUGCAGUUGGUCUCCGGAACCAUUUGAAUGCCACGUGUCGAACACAAAGAGAAGAAAUGAACGACGAAUCAGAAGAAUUUCUGACACUUUUCGGUGAAGAGAUUGUGUACAUCGAGGGUGGACGAACGACUUCUGGAUUCUAUACCACUGAAAAACCUGCACAUCUAACUCGUCUCUACCGUGCAGGAGUUAAUGGAACUGCGGUGGAGAUGGAACCAGUGCCACUUAGCGUUGAAUCGUUGGAUCCUAGAUAUUGCUUCUUAUUGGAUGCUGGAGAAACAAUUUGGAUAUGGAGUGGAUUCAAAAGUAGAAUCACUGUCUCCAAUAAGGCUCGUCUCUUCGCCGAACGACUAAACAAACGGGACAGAAAAGGAAAAUCCGAAAUCGAGACAUGCCGUCAAGCUCGUUGUCCUCCAGAAUUUUGGCAAGCACUAACUGGACAACCGGACAAACCGACAUCGGCAAUUGUGGAGCACGUGCCAGAAGGAUUUGUGGCGGAGAGAAAGAAGCUGUACAAAGUGAACAUUGGAAUGGGAUUUUUGGAAUUGCCGCAAGUGGAACUUCCAAAAGGAAUCGCGAAACAAGAUAUGCUCAAUUCGAAAGGAGUUUUCAUUCUAGAUUCAAAUUCUGAUAUCUUCCUUUGGACUGGAAAGAAAGCCAAUAGAUUAUUGAAAAUGGCUGGACAGAAAUUGGUUGUUGAGUUGCAUCAAAUGAUUGAUCGUCCGGAUUAUGCACAAGUCUAUAGGGAGACGGAAGGAGAAGAAUCUAUGAUGUUCCGAUCCAAAUUUGCAGGCUGGGAUGAAAUAGUUCCAGUUGACUACACUCGCUCCUCAGAAUCCGUUCAAAGAGUGCCAGAUCUGAAGGUAAUCGUAAAGAAGGAUAAUAUGAUGAGAGCCGAUCUUGGAGCAUUGUUCCUCGAAAGACAACCAUCAAUGACAUACGAAGAAUCAGAAGAGUUGAUGUUAGACUGCAAUUAUGAUCUAGAAUUAAUGGAAUCAUUCGUUUUGGAGGGAAAGAAAUUUGUCAAGUUGCCACAGAAAGAAUUUGGAAUAUUCUAUACAAUGGAUUGUUAUGUGUUCUUGUGUAGAUAUGCAGUACUACCAGAGGAAGAAGAAGAUGAAGAAAUAGAAGAGACCGAUGAGAAACCAGAGAUGGACUUCAAGUGCGUCGUGUAUUUCUGGCAAGGACGAGAUGCUUCAAAUAUGGGUUGGUUGAAUUUUACGUUCCAAUUGCAACCCAAUUUUGAGGAGAUUUUCAAGGAUAAGUUGGAGGUUGUUCGUAUGUACCAACAACAAGAGAAUCACAAAUUCCUGUCUCACUUCAAGAGGAAGUUCCUUAUCAAGCGUGGUCGUCGUGGUUUGACAAAGAAUUUGGGUGGAAAGUGGCCAGAGCUAUUCCAAAUGAGAGCCAAUGGAUCAAGUGUCUGCAACAGGACAAUUCAAGUCGAGUGCCAAUCUAAUCAACUGUGCUCUGCAUUCUGUCAUAUGCUCAGAAUUCCAUUCAAAGAAUUGGAUGAAUCGAAUCAUCGUGGAGUUGUUUAUGUUUGGCAAGGAAAAGACUCGGAACCCCGUGAACAUGAAUUCGCUCGUCAAGUGGCAUCUGAUUUGGUAGUUCGAGACGAUGAUGAUGAUUUUAGAAUUGUUGAAGUGAAAGAAGGAGAAGAGAAUGAAGAAUUCUGGAGAGUCCUUGGUGGAAAGAAGAAAUAUGAAACGGACAGUUCAUUUGUCAAACACACGAGACUGUUCAGAUGUACUAAUGAAAAGGGUUAUUUCGCUGUUUCCGAGAAAACCGUUGAUUUUUGUCAGGAUGAUCUCGACGACGAUGACAUUAUGAUUCUGGACAAUGGCGAUGCAGUGUUCUUGUGGAUCGGAGCCCGAGCAUCGGACAUCGAAGCUAAAUUGUCUUAUCAAGCUGCUCAGGUUUAUCAUGCUUCGUUAAGAAUGAAAGCGAAUGAAAAGCCACGAAAAUUCAUGUUGGCAGUAAGAGGACAUGAAAGUUGUCGAUUCAGAAAGUGUUUCCAUGCUUGGUCCAAAAUGAAGGAACCAAUGGGAUAA